GGGGCGGCGGCGGGGGUGGCCGGCGGGCGGCCGGGGCCGGGACGAUGACUCUGGAGUCCAUGAUGGCGUGUUGCCUCAGCGAUGAGGUGAAGGAGUCCAAGCGGAUCAACGCUGAGAUCGAGAAGCAGCUGCGGCGGGAUAAGCGCGACGCACGGCGCGAGCUCAAGCUGCUGCUGCUCGGCACAGGUGAGAGCGGGAAGAGCACAUUCAUUAAGCAGAUGCGUAUCAUCCAUGGGGCUGGCUACUCGGAGGAAGACAAACGGGGCUUUACCAAGCUGGUCUACCAGAACAUCUUCACCGCCAUGCAGGCCAUGAUCCGGGCCAUGGAAACUCUGAAGAUCCUAUACAAGUAUGAGCAGAACAAGGCCAAUGCGCUCCUGAUCCGGGAAGUAGACGUGGAAAAGGUGACGACAUUUGAGCACCGGUACGUCAACGCCAUCAAGACCCUGUGGAAUGACCCUGGCAUCCAGGAGUGCUACGACCGGAGGCGAGAGUAUCAGCUCUCUGACUCCGCCAAAUACUACCUGACCGAUGUGGACCGCAUCGCCACCUCGGGCUACUUACCCACCCAGCAGGACGUGCUGCGGGUCCGUGUGCCCACCACCGGCAUCAUCGAGUACCCUUUUGACCUGGAGAACAUCAUCUUCAGGAUGGUGGAUGUGGGGGGACAGAGGUCCGAGCGAAGGAAGUGGAUCCACUGCUUUGAGAAUGUGACAUCCAUCAUGUUCCUUGUGGCCCUUAGUGAAUAUGACCAAGUGCUGGUGGAGUCAGACAACGAGAACCGCAUGGAAGAGAGCAAAGCCCUGUUCCGGACCAUCAUCACCUACCCCUGGUUCCAGAACUCAUCGGUCAUCCUCUUCCUCAACAAGAAGGACCUGCUGGAGGACAAGAUCCUGUACUCCCACCUGGUGGACUAUUUCCCUGAGUUUGAUGGGCCGCAGAGGGACGCGCAGGCUGCCCGGGAGUUCAUCCUGAAGAUGUUUGUGGACCUGAACCCUGACAGCGACAAGAUCAUCUACUCACACUUCACUUGCGCCACUGACACGGAGAACAUCCGCUUUGUCUUUGCGGCCGUCAAGGACACCAUCCUGCAGCUCAACCUGAAGGAGUACAACCUGGUGUGACCCUGUGGAGAGCCCAUGGGACAGGCCCUCCUGUGUGAUGAUGUGACAGCGGCUCUGCCCGCAGAGGAGCUAAUUUUUUUUUUCAUAUUUUUAACAAAUGGUUUUUAUUUCACAGUUAUCAGGGGAUGUACAUCUUUCUUUCUAUAUAUUUCGUGCACCUUCUCACCUUUUGUCAGCGGCACAGGCUGCCUUUUUCUGGCCUUGACUGUGGCUCGCCUUUUUCUAGAAAAAAAAAGGAAAAAAAAAAAAAAGAAAGUGAGACAAGCGGAGAUGAGACAAGCGAGUGCCCUGCCCCCAGCUCCUCCAGACCUCCCUCAGCCCCUCAUCCCACAUCCCUGGGGCUGCACCUUCGGGCCACUGUGGACAGAACCGCCCAGCUGGCCCUGGUCCCUUGGCGUGGAGAUGUGGAGACUGUGACUGUUCUUUCUUCCUUUUUUUAAGUUAUUGCCAUCCUCACAACUUCGCUGUUUUUGCUCACUGGACUCCAAGAAGUGGGGGUGGGUGACUUCCCCUGUUGCCCACCCUGGGAAGUGCCUAACCUUUUUUUUUUCUUUCUUUUUUCUUUUUUUUUUUUAAAAAAAAGGAAAAACAAAAAGUAUAUGGGCUCCUCUGCAGUGAAGGAGAUAUCUCUGGACCCUGUCUCAGCCUCAGGUGGUUGCCUGGUCCCCACCACCCUCUGAGAGCCCUGGGGCUUGGGGAGUACUCGGCUGUCUCCAGGGCCAUCUGGCCUGCUCGGAGCUCUCCCUGGCCUGGUCUCUAUGUACCUGAGGGUCACAUGCUCUCCACCCAGGCUAGAGUGCCCAUGGGAGCCCACAUGGCCUGGAGCCAGGAGAGGGCCCACAUGGAUGGGAGUCACUUUUGCUUUCAUUCCAUUUUGUAACCAAUUGGAAACAGUGUUGACUGUGGGCUGAGGAGUUUUUCAGAAUAUUCUCAGGUCUGUUCCCAUGAAGAAGAGAGAGGUUGAGGGAGAGUCCUGUGGUGAUUAUCAGGCAUGGUGGCCAUCAUCGCCUGCCCUUGCCAACACCUGUGCCCUGAGCUGCUGGGAAUCGAGCAGGCAGCAGGGGCACUUUGCCCAGAGCUGUUGAGGGUCGAGUGGAAGCCGGCAGCUGGUGCCUCAGUCCCAGGUGGCCUCCAGGCCAUGGCCACACAUCAAGCCAGAGCCAUGGGCUGCCUGGCUUGGGUCCCCUUCCCAGAGGGACUCUGAGGGGGAGGGUACAAGCAGGGCCUGGUCUUUUGAGGGGAGGGAGGUCGCUUUUCAUCUGAUACAGACUGAACACUACAGUGUUUGUUUUGUUUUGCACAAAUGGAAGGGGAACAGACUGCCAGCAAUGUGGUGGCCCUGCCCUCUACACCUGGACCCUCCAGUAGCAUUCUGUGUGGCUGCUCCUUUUGGGGACCAUUAACAAAUACAAAAGAAACAACAAAAACCCAACCCACUCAAACAGCGAGUCCUGGGUGACUGGCCCCUACUUCCUCCUCUCCCCAUCCCACCAGUGGGACAAAGCCAAAGGGCCUCGGGGCAUUGGGGAGCGGAAGACAGGCAGAAGUUAGGGGUGAUUACAUUCCUGGUGAUCAGCUCCAUCUGGGGGCAGAAUGGGCUGGGGACCCCCAGCUUCUCAGCCAAUUUCCCAAAGAGUCCUUUUUGUGCCAUGGUCUACUUGAGAGGGUUGAACAUAACCCCAUUCUCACCCUCAGUGUAGGGAAGCAGGUGGUGCUGCUGGCAGUGGGCCCGUGUGAGGACUUGGGGUCUUCACAGUGUGGGCAUCUCGGUGUCCUAGCACCUCUCAAGGGUCCAGAUCACAAAAAGGGAACUGGAUUGGGCUCUCGAGGGGUGGCAUGAGCAUGUGAGGAGGCACCUGAAAAUUUAACCCCUCUAAGAGAGGGGGCAGUGUGCCAAGCAUCCCACAGCCCAAGAGUGGCAAGAGUGCCAAACCACCCCCACCUGGGCUGUCUGGAACCCCACAGGCCUGGCCCCACCCCAGUAGCUGAGGGCAGGGCUGCCCUGUAUCCCCAGGGGAUCCAAGACCAGUUCUGUGCCAACCAGGGCGGGAGGUUCAGCUCCCACCCGGUCAGUGUCUUUGAUUUUCACCCUGAUGAACUAAUGCUUUCUCUCACGUGCCAGCCUCCCAGCUCCUCCCACUGUGUCUGACCGCCCUGCACUACAGCCCAUUCCCCAGCACCCAAUUCCCUGAGAGACAUCUUAGUGCCAAUGCCCCCUAGUGGCAGUGCAGGAACUGUUCCGGCUGGCGGGGUGAACACUGUCGGGUUGGUUAUACUUGUAUAUUACACAGUCCUGAUUUCAGACGAUUUAAACUUUAACCUAUUUAAGAAAGAAUAUUAUAUAAAAUGCUGUUUUUAAACUUUUUGUCCUUUGAAAUGCAUGUAUUGUUGCGUGUGCUGGGGAAUGGGUGCGAUUAGCUCAAUGCCAACCUGGGGCAGAGGCUGUCCCAUCCAGGCGGGUGGGAUUGCAGGCUCUGCUCAGUGUGUUGGAGCCCUGACCCCUUAAUCCAGAGAUACCUGAUGGAAAUUGGCUUUUCAUAU